CCUGGGGAACAGAGCCACCAAGGACCAGACACCUUGCCCACAGGUCACCACAGGUGGGGGAAGCAUCCUGCCCAUGGGACUCUGCUGGUCACCGCUGACUCUACUAUGCCUGCUAGGGACACUGGUCUCUUCCUGUCAUGGAGGACCACAGCAGCCCCCUUCAGGGUCCCUCAGGGAGCUGACUGGCUCCAGCUCCCUAUGCCAGGUACAGCUGGAGGUCAAGAUCAACAAUACAAAGAGUACUUUGUGCCUGGAGAGCAAGAAAAGGCAGGAUCUGAGCGAGCUGUCCAGAAAGCUGGGUUUUGGGGCCGAGAAGACCAGACCCACCUCUGAGCACUCUGGGACAGCCAAACAACUGGUCUGUUCUUUCCACAAUUCCAACAAGGACACAAACUUCUCCUUUCCACAGCUGCAUGUGACCUGCCAAGAAGCAGUUCCCAAAGCACCUCCGCCCACCCCGAAGCCCAUUGUGACUUCACCCAAGCCCACUGGCCCUCCGAGGUUCUUACUGGUGGAGGGGAAGGAGAAACUCCGAUGUGCAGGCAUAGUUGAGUUCUACAGGGGCACUAUAGGGGGGAGCAUCUGUUACGAAGAAAAGACUUGGACCACAGCCCUGGGCGACAAGAUCUGCCAGGACCUGAACUGCGGCACCUUCCUGACUCAUCUGGACCCACCAGCAGAGAAGAAAGACUCAAGGAAUCCUGAAGGACUCAAAGCCUUGCCGAUCCUCUGGGCAGUCAAGGGUCCUCACAGAGACCUGGUGGACCAGGUCUUCGAAAAGGAGAAGAAUUGUCCAGGAAACCGAACCAUUUCCAUCGUCUGCUCUGAUUUCCAGCCAAAGGCGAAAAGCAGACUGAAGGGUGGAAACAGUCCCUGCAAGGGCAUCGUGGAGGUGUACUUUGAGGGUCAAUGGAAAGUCUUGUGUGGAAAAAAGAACUGGGAAGAGGUGUGCCAUGAGCAGCAUUGUGGGAGCCUAAUCUCUGAGGACAUAUCUCAAAAAUCACCAUCUGCCACAUCCAGCAUGCUCUACUGCCCACAUAGGAACCUCUCCCAUUGCUACACAUUCGGUGAAGGAGACCCAUCUUGCAAAGGCACAAUGAUUGAGUGCCAGGACCCAAAUGCAGCUGGGCCUGGGGCAGGGACUGUGAUGAGCAUCAUUCUGACCUUCAUCCUCAUAGCAAUCCUCUUAGCGACAUGUGGGCCUGUGGCCUACAAGAAACUAGAAAAGAAAUUCCGUCAGAAGAAGCAGCGUCAGUGGAUUGGUCCAACGGGAGUGAACCAAAAUGUAUCUUUCCAUCGCAACCACACUGUAACCAUCCGGUCCCAAGUUGAGAACCCUGGAGCCUCCAAUGUGGAGAAUGAAUACAGCCAGCCUCCCAGGCAUUCCCGUCUCUCAGCUUACCCAGCUCUGGAAGGAGCGCUGAACCGGGCUUCCAACCCGCCGGACAACUCCUCCGACAGUGACUACGACCUGCACGGGGCCCAGAGGCUGUGACAGGCUGAAGUGUGAAUAAGCCAAGUGUCUCCUGGCACGAGACGCAUCUUCCUGAGAACCUUCUGCACUCAUCACCUUGACACGAUUUCCUGAUUUUACUUCCAACUGUGAAGGGGCAGAAGCAAGGUCACCACUACCGUGUCUCACUGCCCACGUCCAGCUGCAGGAACAGCUCUGUCCCUACCUGUCCCCUACCCCCCAAACCCAACCCAGGGAAACCCUCCCUUCCCCACAGCUCUAGCUGCCGUUCCCAACCUUUUCUUUUGUGUGAAAUUCAGGGCCCCAUCAGGAGAACAUGGGGAAAGGGCCAAGCCCAGAUACACCCAGCCCGAUCCAGACACCCAAGGCCUGGGGCUCCCAGACACAUCCCCUGCCACAGGGCCCAAAGCUGCCUCCUGACCCACCUGUGCCCCAAGAUCAGUGUCACUGGAAAGGGGCUGCCUUCCCGGCUCACCGCCCCCAACUCCAGACCCUUCCCCUGAUGAGGAACAGGGAAGAAUUCACACUGGUAUCAUUGGAUGAAAAUGUUUUUAAUGUUUUGUGUAAAUAAUGCUUUCUAUACAA